AUGGGUCCUUGUGAGAUCAAGACCUGCUUUGCAUGCGUGCUGUGCACUUGUGCAGAUGAGCUGAGGCAUAUUUGUGAGCAUCAAGGCCCUGCUCAGACAGCAUGUGCCAGAACCUGCCAGGCAGGAAGCCACUCAAACUCCUCCAAAUCUUAUCCAAACCAGAGGCACGGUGGCAUCACAGCUGCUGUGCUCAGUGCCACGGAGCUGACAAAGAAAGUGAAAUCUAUUCAGAGUAGCUCCCAAGAAAACCUGUUAGCAUCUAGGGACACAUCACACACCUACACAGUAGACAGUGUCAGUGGUACCCUACACAAGGGAAGGAAAUGGGGAGGCUCAGACCCCACAGAAAGCAUGUCGCAGUGUGCACAGAAACAGAACAAUGGGGGACAGGAUGUGGACUGUAGUUGGAUCCACCUGAUUCAUCUUGCAUUAAUUCUACCCUCAACCAUUUGUAAAUUUAAUCUUGAUAUUUUAUAUUUCCUUUUAGAUUCGUCUUGCAUUAAAAACAAUACCAAGUGCCUCUCGAAUUCUUGCCCAAACAAUUCUACAUGCAAGGGUUUUCCACGAGACAAUUGUUGCUCAGACAUAGACAAUGAUUUGGACAAAGGCUGUGAAGAUGUGAAGGACCCUUGUUUCUCCAGUCCCUGCCAAGGAAAUGCCACUUGUGUGAAUACUGCAGGAGAAAGGAGCUUUCUGUGUCAAUGUCCUCCUGGGUACAGCGGGCUGACCUGUGACACUGCCACCGAUUCCUGUGGAGGAAACUCCUGCCAACAUGGAGGCACUUGCCAUAAAGACCCCGAGAACCCUGUCUGUAUCUGCCCUGCGGGAUAUGCUGGAAAGUUCUGUGAGACAGACCACAAUGAGUGUGCUUCUAGCCCUUGCCAUAAUGGGGCUGUGUGCCAAGAUGGGAUCAAUGGCUACUCCUGCUUCUGUGUGCCUGGAUACCAAGGCAGGCAUUGUGACGUGGAAGUAGAUGAAUGUGUUUCUGAUCCCUGCAUGAAUGAGGCUGUGUGCCUCAAUGAGAUAGGGAGAUACACUUGUGUCUGCCCUCAAGAGUAUUCUGGUGUGAACUGUGAGCUGGAAACUGAUGGGUGUGGAUCCCAGCCCUGUCUACAUGGUGCCACGUGUCAGGAUGCUUUCGGGGCGUACUUCUGUGACUGUGCACCUGGAUUCCUUGGAGACCACUGUGAGUUCAACUUUGAUGAAUGUGCCAGUCAGCCAUGUCUCCAUGGAGGUCUAUGCGUGGAUGGAGGGAACAGCUAUCACUGCGACUGCACCGGUAGUGGAUUCACGGGGAUGCAUUGUGAGACCUUGAUGCCUCUUUGUUGGUCAAAGCCUUGUCAUAAUAAUGCUACCUGUGAAGACACUGUUAACAGCUAUGUUUGUCACUGCUGGCCUGGCUACACAGGUGCCCUGUGUGAGACAGACAUAAAUGAAUGCAGCAGCAACCCCUGCCAGUUCGGCGGUGAAUGUGCCGAACUGUCCUCAGAGGCUCUGUAUGGACACAUUGCUGGCCUGCCUUCCUCCUUCAGCUACCUUGGAGCCUCGGGCUAUGUUUGCAUCUGUCAGCCUGGAUUCACAGGAAUUCACUGUGAAGAAGAUGUGGAUGAAUGUCUGCCAACCCCUUGCCAAAAUGGUGGUACAUGUGAGAAUCUGCCUGGGAAUUACACCUGCCAUUGCCCCUUUGAUGAUCUUUCUAGGACAUUUUAUGGAGGCGAAAACUGUUCUGAAGUUCUCCUAGGCUGUUAUCAUCACCAGUGUCUCAACAACGGAAAAUGCAUCCCUCACUUUGAAAAUGACCAGCAUGGAUUCACCUGCCAGUGUCCUCCUGGCUAUGCUGGGUCACUGUGUGAAACCCACACCACACUUUCUUUUGAGAGCAACAGUUUCCUGUGGCUCACAAGUGGCUCACAUGCAACCAUACAGCCGGAAUGUAACAUAUCCUUGCGAUUUCAAACUGUUCAACCAAACACACCUCUUCUUUUCCGAGGCAACACGGAUAUGUCUAUGAAGCUGGAGUUACUAAAUGGCUGCGUUCACUUAUCAAUCCAAGUCCAGAACCAGACAAAGGUGCUUCUAUAUAUUCCCUACAACACUAGUGACGGAGAAUGGCAUUUUGUAGAAGUAACAUUUGGAGAAACUAUAACCCUAGCCCUGACUGGCAGCUCCUGCAAGGGGCAAUGCACCACUAAGACUUCUUUUCCAGUAGAGAAUCAUCAAUCACUAUGCGCUUUUCAGAACGCUUUUUUGGGGGGCUUACCAGUGGGAGCAACCAGCAACAGUGUGUCUGUGCUUAACAUCUAUAAUGUGCCAUCCACACCUUCCUUUGUAGGCUGUCUCCAAGAUAUUAAAUUUGAUUUGAAUCACAUUACUCUGGAGAACAUUCCGUCUAGCUUGUCACUGAACGUCAAAGCAGGCUGCAUGAGGAAGGACUGGUGUGAAAGUCAACCUUGUCAAAACAGAGGACGCUGCAUCAACUUGUGGCAGGGUUAUCGGUGUGAAUGUGACAGGCCCUAUGCAGGCUCCAACUGCCUGAGAGAGUAUGUAGCAGGCAGAUUUGGCCAGGAGGACUCCCCUGGAUAUGCCAUCUUCAAUCUUGAUGAUAAUUAUGGACAGAACUUCAGCCUCUCCAUGUUUGUGAGAACACGUCAACCAUCAGGCUUCCUUCUAGCUUUGGGGAACAGUUCUUACCAGUAUGCGAGUGUCUGGCUAGAACAUGGAAGCCUAGUACUGCAGACUCCGGGCCUUCCCAAGUUAGUACUGACAUUUUUUCUUAGUGACGGAAACGCCCACUUAAUAUCCUUGAAAAUCAAACCAAAUGAAAUUGCACUGUAUCAGUCUUCACAAAACCUAGGAUUCAUUUCUGUUCCCGCAUGGACAAUUCAAAGAGGAGACGUCAUCUUCAUUGGUGGCCUACCUGACAGACAAAAGACUGAAGUGUAUGGUGGCUUCUUCAAAGGCUGCAUUCAAGAUAUAAGAUUAAACAACCAAAAUCUGGAAUUCUUCCCCAAUUCAACAAACAACGGAUACCGUGAUCCAGUUCUUGUCAAUGUGACUCAAGGCUGUCCUGGAGACAAUAACUGUAAGUCCAACCCCUGUCAUAAUGGAGGUGUCUGCUAUUCCCUGUGGGAUGAUUUCUCCUGUUCCUGCCCUACACACACGGCGGGGAAAACCUGCGAGGAAGUUCAGUGGUGUCAACUCAGCCCAUGUCCCCCAGGUGCACAGUGCCAGCUGGUUCCUCAAGGGUUUGAAUGUAUUGCAAAUGUUGUCUUCAGUGGCUUGAGACAAGAAAUACUGUUCCGAAGCAACGGGAACAUUUCCAGAGAACUCACCAACAUCACAUUUGGCUUCAGAACACGUGAUACAAAUGUAAUGAUAUUGCAUGCGGAAAAAGAGCCUGAGUUUCUUAACAUUAGCAUUCAAGACUCCAGAUUAUUAUUUCAGUUGCAAAGUGGCAACAGUUUUCACAUGCUACGUCUGAUGAGUGUGCAGUGGGUGAAUGACGGCACAUGGCACCAAGUGAAGUUUUCCAUGAUAGACCCCCUGGCCCAGACCUCCCGAUGGCAAAUGGAAGUGGACAACCAAACACCUUAUGUGACCAGCACAAUUGCUACUGGAAGCCUGAACUUUUUGAAGGACAGUACAGACAUCUAUGUGGGUGACCAAGCUAUUGACAAUACAGAAGGCCUGCAGGGCUGUCUGAGCACAAUAGACAUUGGAGGCAUAUCUCUCUCUUACUUUGAAAAUCUUCACGGUUUCAUUAAUAAGCCUCAGGAAGAGCAGUUUCUCAAAGUCUCUACAAAUGUGGUCCUUACCGGCUGCUUGCCCUUACAUGCCUGCCACUCCAGCCCCUGUUUGCAUGGAGGAAACUGCACAGACCGCUACAGCUCGUAUCGGUGUUCCUGUCUCUUGGGAUGGUCAGGUACACGCUGUGAAGUCAACAUCGAUGAAUGCUUUUCUGAUCCCUGUAUCCAUGGCAACUGCUCUGAUGGCAUUGCAGCCUACCACUGCAGGUGUGAGCCUGGCUACACUGGUGUGAACUGUGAGGUGGACAUGGACAAGUGCCAGAGUCAUCAGUGUGCAAACGGGGCCACGUGUGUCAACGGAACUCAUGGCUAUUCUUGUCUCUGUCCUGGAAAUUUUACGGGCAGAUUUUGCAGACACAGCCGAUUACCCUCAGCAGCCUGUGGGAACAAGGAGACAAAUCUCACUUGCUACAACGGAGGCAACUGCACUCAGGCCCAGCAGGGCUGGAAAUGUGUGUGCCGGCCAGGUUUCACUGGAGAGGGGUGUGAAGAGGACAUCGACGAGUGUGCUUCUGCUCCCUGCCUCCACGGAGGCCUGUGCAGGGACUUGCUCAACAGAUUCCAGUGCAUCUGUGACGUGGCCUUCGCGGGUGAGCGCUGCGAGCUGGAUCUGGCUGACGACUGGCUCGCUGGCGUUUUCACUUCUGUCGGCUCAGGGACCUUGGCCCUGUUCUUCAUCCUCUUUCUUGUGGCUGUUGCUUCUCUGAUGGCCUCCAACAAAAGGGCGACUCAAGGAACCUACAGCCCCAGCCGUCAUGAGAAGGCUGGACCUCGAGUGGAAAUGUGGAGCCGGAUGCCGCCCCCGCCCCUGGAAAGACUCAUCUAA